AUGCCUUCUUCAUCCAAGAUCAUCGCUAUCUCCCUUAUUGCCGGUGCCUCAGCUGCUCCGUUGAACCUCUUCGGUACCACCUCUGCUUCUGGUAAAACCUCUACUUCAGUUAGCGCUGGCGCUUCUGUCAAUGCUGCUACCAACGCUGUCACUGAUAUCACAGGAUUCACCAAUGCUUUCUUGAGCUCCGCUACUGGUGGUGCCAUCACCACUGUCUCCAAGCUUGAGAGCCAACUUGGUUCAGCUGUUGGAGUAGCCAGGACCAUCGCUAUGAACACUUGGGCUUCAGGUCAAUGUCUCGCUACUUACGCGGACAUCAACAUGUGCACUGAGCUCAGCGCUUACCUCUCGGCUGUUUACUACGCUUUCGAGCAAGGUUGGUCCGCUGCUCAACUCUUCGCUGCACUUGGAGCCGAUCGAGUCAACAAAUUCCAAUCCCUCAUCAGCGCGCUAUGCGCUCAUGCCGAAGCCUCCAGCACUUGUUCACCUCUGCUCUCCGCUUGGCCCACCUACCUCACCGCCAUGGCUCAAGUAGAUGCUUCCAUCGUCCACCAGGCCACUUCUCAGCUUACCGCCAACGGUAUCAUCACCUUGAUUGAUGCUGCCGACGCCGGUACUCACCUCGUUAGCGGUCUCACCUCAGGUGUGAUGAGCAACGUCAACGCCAUGGUCGGAGCUACUGCCAAAGGAUCUUUGGGAACCGAUAUCUUAGGUCUUCACCUCAGAGACGAACAUGAACAAGCUAAGCGAUUCCUCGGAUUGGAGAACCUCUUCGGCCACAAAGCAGAAGCUACAGCCACUGCUUCCGUCGCUGCUACCGCGCAGGCAUCAGCUACUGCCGCUGCAGCUGCGGCCGCUCAAGCCCAAGCUCAAGCUGCUGGUGGGCUCAACAUCGCCAACAUCGUCAACGCUGCUGGAUCUCUCACUGCCGGUACCGCCGCUCAAGCUCAGGCUCAAGCUGGUGCAGGUGCUCAAGUUGGUACAAACGUCAUUACCGGAUUGACCUCCAACAUCCCCGUUGUCGGCGGAUUGGUCAAUGGUCUCCCAUUAGUUGGCGGAGUAGUCAACACUGUCGGAGGAGUAGUCAACAAAAUCCCCGUUGUCGGUGGUGUAGCCGAAACUGCUACUGGUCUCGCAGCCGGUCUUACAGGUCAAGCUUCUGGUACUCUCGGUACCGCCACCGACCUCGUCGGAGGAGUUAACGUUCCUGCACUCUUAUCUCUCAAUGGUCAAGUGUCAGGUGCUGCCAAUGCUGCUACUUUAGCUGCUGGUUCGGUCGCAGCUACCGGUCAAGGUGUACUUGGAACUGCCACUCACCUCUUGGGUCUUAGAGAUGUUGAUCUCGCUGUUGAGAUUGCCGAAGGAGAUGUCUUCUCCCAUCUCUCUGACGAACAUAAACGAGAUUUACUCUCUGGUUUACUCGGUAACCCCACUGGUAUACUUAACAACGUUCCUGUCGUAGGUGGACUCACCAACGGACUUCUCGGCGGACUUACCGGUGGUCUACUCAAUAACCCGACUGGAGCCGUCGGUGGAAUUCUCAGUAACCCCACUGGCGCUGUUGGCGGUAUUGUCAAUACCGUCAACCACCUUCCUGUAGUUGGUCCAGUUGUCGGAAACACCGUCAACUCUGUUCUCAACACCGUUGGACAUCUCCCAGUGGUUGGAAACGUCGCUGCUCAAGCUACUGGUGCUCUCAACAGCGCUACCAACGCUGGGCUCAACAUUGGUCAAAAUGGUCUUCAACUCGGUCUGAACGAUGUCACCUCAGCUGCCGCCGGUGUUGCCGGUCAAGCUGGGUUACACCUUAAGAGAGGUUUACUCGAUGGACUUCCUUUACUUGGUGCUCUCCCUGUUGGAAAUAUCGUCAACUCCCUUCCGAUCGUUAAUAACCUCCCUAUCGGCGGGAUCCUCUCCAACCCCGUUGGAACGGUUCAACAAACAGUUAACAACCUCCCUGUCGUCGGUGGUUUCGUGCAUGGUCUCACGGCCAACCUCCCAGUCGUAGGUGAACUUACCGCCAACGCUGGUGCCCAGGCCCAAGGAGCUGCCAAUGCCGGACUUAACCUUGGUGCUGGUGGAUUAUCAGCCACUCUCAAUGGAGUUACCUCUGCUUUGGGUAACGUAGCUGGAUCUACCGGUAUUCACCUCGGCUCGAGAGAUGUUGAUGAGAGGGACCUCCUCAACGGUCUUCUCGGUUCUUCUUCAAACUCUCAAGGUGGUCUGAUCGGUAACAACCUUCCUAUCGUCGGUCCACUCGUUAAUGGUGUGACAUCCAACCUUCCCAUCGUUGGGAAUGCAGGUGGUGUCUUGUCUGGAGUGACCAACACCGUCGGUCAAUUGACCGGCACAGUCGGAAACACCGUUUCUGGCUUGACCCACAACUUGCCUAUCGUCGGUAACUUGGUGGACGGUUUGACUCACUCUUUACCUCUUGUCGGUGCUCAAGCUUCCGCUGCUGCUAGUGGUGCUGCUCAAUCAGCUACCAACGCGGGAUUGAACAUCGGUGCUAAUGGUCUACAAGGUACCCUCAACAGCGUUACAGGUUUGGCUGGUGGUUUACUUGGUUCAGCCAACCUCCACUUGAAAAGAGAGGCUUCACCUGAACCCAUCCUCGGUCUUAACUUGCCUUUAGUCAACUCUUUGCCAAUUGUCAACUCCCUUCCUGUCGUUGGUAACGGACAAGCCUCUGCCUCUUUGGUUGACGGAUUGAAUGUCCAAUUGGGUCCUGUCCAAGCUCAAGCUCAGGCUGCCAUCCAAGCUACUCAACAUGGUUUAUCCUCCGUACUUGGUGCAGGAUUGAAAGUUGGCGAUUUGGUUAAUGCUCAGACUCAAGGUGUCGUAGGUGCUUUGAUUCACUAG